AUCUAUUUCUCUGCUCCAAGUCAGUCCAGUCUUCAGUCAAAAAUGAGCUCGUGUCAAUACACUUAUUCUUCUUUCGAACAAAACUUUUGAGCUCAUUUCCCCUUUUCUGAUUUUUUUUUUCCGCCGUUAAUUUAUUUCCGCGUUUUUCCCUAAAUCUGCAACAUGUCAGAGUUACGCAAAUCGGUGCUUUUCACGCUCGUAUUGGCGCUGGCAGCCUGCUGUCUCGUGCACCAAUUCUCUACCGCAUAUGCUGCUCCAGUCAUCAAUCAGCGCAGUGUCGGUGCUGCGCGAAGAACGAGCAAUCGCGUUGCCAACGCGCCAGGUGACAAGAAGAACGCCGACCAGUCUCUUCGCUUCGCCGACCGUCGCCGCCGAGACCUCGCUGCUCCAUUGGUGCCACUUCCAUUCAACAAUCCUUUCACAGACUCGAAACUGUCCAACUUCAUCAGCCUGUGCGGGACAUGUCAGCGCCUACUGCCAACCCUGAAGCUUGUCUCGACAACCGUUGACGACCCGACCAUCGAGUUGGCGUUCAAAACCAUUUGCUCACAGUCUCUCAGUUUCUUUGGAUAUGAUACCGACAAGGUCUGUCCUGGACUGUCGAGCCGCUAUGUUCCAGCGGUCGUUUCGGCAUUGCGCGCGUCGUACCUCACGCCGGACGAGAUUUGCUCGUUGGUCAACUACUGCAUCGUGCCCAACAUUACGAUGGGUACAAACGGCCAGAAUUCCGUCGUUGACUUGACGCCGUUCCUCACCCUGAGUGAGCGACGGAACGACAACCGACCUGCCCGAGGAGGCGACGCAAACCCUUCCGGUCUGAUGCAGAGCCAGCAACUGACGGACGCCGUCCAGAUGUUGGCGCUGCUCUUCCAAGAUCGCUUGCCGCACGCACGCACAAAGGCGUCUGCGAGUCGUCGUGGCGGCGCGCAAACCGCGCCUCAUGUUGCCCGCUUUGACCGCGCUGCUCGAGUAUCAACAUCCGCGACUCCCGAUCUAGCGCGCCUGUUUGGCUCUCGCAAGUCCGCCUCUAGACAACCUCGGUCCGAUCCCAACAAGCUGGAGCGGCGCAACUUUCCGACCUACACACAAGGCGUGUCGCCAAACGCCACCAUUCGAGUUUUGCAACUGACGGAUAUCCAUCUCGACCUAACGUAUGCCGCCGGAACCAAGGUAGACUGCGGGACGUAUCUGUGCUGCCAGCCAUCGGACGGCUCUGGAACAGCAGGCGAGUUUGGCGACUACCAGUGCGACCUGGCGCCGCGCACCAUUCGGUCGCUGUUUGCCUACAUUAAUGCAACCUUUGCGUUUGUCGGGAACUCUGCAGUCACGAAUGAGACGGCCGCGAACGGGCGCCUGGACUUUGGCAUUUGGAAUGGCGACAACCCUGCGCACGACUUUUGGAACUCGACUUGGACCAAAAACCUCAAUCGCACAGCCACAAUCGCCGCCAUCUUGAAAGCCAACUUGCCUCAAUUGCCGCUCUUCCCAACCUCCGGCAACCACGACUACUACCCCGACAACCUCUUCGACCCUCGGUCGGACAUGUACCAGUUGGAUGGCCUGGCCAAUGUCUAUGCAAAUCUUGUGCCCAACAACACGCUGAACAACUUUCGAUAUCUCGGCGCCUACACCACUGGUAUUCUUCCCGGUCUUCGUCUGGUCGCCAUGAACACGCAGUUUGGGUAUUCGCGCAACUACUAUGUGGUUCUGAACAGCCAAUUAGACAUUGUUCGUCAGCAUCAGGAAUUCCUCGUGACAACACUCACAAACGCGCGCGCGUCGGGCGAGAAAGUGGUGCUGAUUGGACACGUCCCUCCGGGCACGCUCGAUGCGACGCCGCCCUACGGAGGUGCUGUUGCCGACCUGCUCACCCAGUUCCAGGACGUCAUUGUCUUGGCUGCGUUUGGACACGAGCACUUGGACUAUUACCAGAUUGCGCAUGCCGUUUCCACCGCGAACGGAACCUCUGUGACGCUGCUGGAUCAGCCAACGCGCGUCACAUUCAUUGCGCCUUCGCUGACCCCGUAUGUCGACCUGAAUCCCGCAUUCCGCGUGUACACGCUGAAUGCCACCACGUUCGAGCUGCUCGACCACGAGACGUACUUUUUCAAUCUGACCCAGGCCAACCUGGACGCCAAAGCAAGCGGUGCCGCUGCGAACGCGACCCGGCUCGAUGAAAUUGCUCUGAGUGCCUGGGGGCGUCUCUACUCGAUGAAGGAGACGUUCAACAUGACCGACAUGUCAACGACAAGCUUUGCCGCACUUUCGCAGCGGCUACGCGUGGACGAGCAGCUGGCCUCUCUCUUUGUCACGCUGAUGCAUGCCGGCAAUGGCGCGCGGCCGUGCGAUCUCGAAUCCUGCGCCGCGGUGCUCUACUGCCUGACCAACAACGCCAUUGUCAACUAUUACGCGGGCUGUCUCGAGGCGUUCGAGACCAACAAGCGCCGCAGCUCCCCCGCCGUCCCCGCGCUGCCUCUGGAUUACUUUGGACGUCGCUGCUAGCGCGAGCUUCUGUUUGCAUGAGUUUUUGGCGCCCUUGUCGGUUUUGCAUUUGCACAGGAGGGAGGGACCGACAUGACGGAUGGCGGGGGCUGUUGCCAAUCUUUUGGUCAGCCCUUGCUAAUGCGUGCAACCACAGAGUUUGAUACGACUAUUUUUUUUUGCUUGCCUCCCAACACACCCAUACAUUAUUUUUCUUCAACCUGCAUUUUGUUGUGUGUUUCACUUUUUGGCUGUCAAAUCCAAAUACAGAAGCGGUCAUUCUUUACCA